AUGACCAAAAUCCCGGUCUUUAUGGCCGCGUUGGGCUUCUUGUUGGCGAAUAUCCCGGGUGUUAUCUCAUCAAGUAUCCCCCGGUCCAUCGCUCACUCGAGAAUCCUCCCUAUAGCUUGUGACGUCAAGGCAGAGUACGACUACGUUAUCGUUGGAGGAGGCACCUCCGGCCUGACAGUCGCUGAUCGAUUGACCGAAAGCGGCGAGCGUAAGUUCGUUUCAGAAGAAGAGAAAGCACCGCCCUAUACUGAUUCUUCCCAUACUUUCAACUUCUCCUCCGUACCCCAAGAGGGCCUCAACGGCCGCAAGAUCAACGUCAUUGGCGGCGUCAUGCUCGGUGGCUCGACGGGCGUCAACGCCAUGCAAGUCCACCGCGGCCAGAAGGAGGACUACGACAGAUGGGGGUCCUACUUUGGCAAUGAAUCGGAGUGGAGUUGGGAUGGCCUGCUGCCUUACUUCAAAAAGGCGUGGAACUUCCACCCUCCUACCCCUGAGCUGACCGAGCAGUUCGACAUCAAGUAUGACGCGGGUUUCUGGGGCAACUCCUCCGGCAUCCACGCUUCGUUUCCGACCUUCCACUGGCCUAUGCUGAUAGAAGCCUUCAAAGAGAUUCAAGGCGUCGACUUCCCCGUCGACUCGGGCGCCGGCGACCCAGGCGUCUUCUGGUACCCAACCUCCUUCGACCCCGCCACAGUGACGCGAUCCAUGGCCAGACGAGGCCACUGGGACGGCAUCGAGGCCGCGCGGGAUAACUACGAGACUAUUACCGGGCACAAGGUACUCAAGGUUCUCUUUGAUGGCGACAGCAAAGUCGAGACCCGGACCGCCAUCGGUGUCUCCUACGUCGAGGCAAACUCCGCCACCUUCAAUGGCGCGCGGAUCGUAAAGGCCAGGAAGGAGGUCAUCCUCGCCACGGGAUCCAUUCACACGCCGCAGAUUCUGCAGCGCAGCGGCGUAGGCGGGAGAGCACUUCUCGAGGCCGCGGGUAUCGAGGUUGUCGUCGACUUGCCCGGCGUGGGACAGAAUUUCCAGGACCAUCCUGUUGGUGCCGGGGCUACCUUUACCUUCACCAACUUCGACGUCCACCCAGAUAUGACCGACCUCGUCAACAACCAGACCUUCAUCGACGAAGCCAAAGCAGAGUUCGAAGCCAACCGGACCGGACCACUAACCAUAGGCGCUGGAAACGUAGCAACCUUCCUCCCCUUCCCAGUAAUAACCCCCUCCUUCGAGGCCAUCACAUCCGCCUACGAAUCCCAACCCCCCUCAGCCCACCUGCCCCCCGACACACACCCAACCGUAAUAGCAGGCUACGCAGCCCAACAAACCCGCCUCGCAGCAGCCCUCCGCUCCCCCGGCGCCGCCUUCUACAACUUCUUCCUCCGCGGCAGCCCCACAGAAAGCAACUUCGUCCUCCUCCACCCGCUCUCGCGCGGCACAAUCUCCCUCAACACCAGCGACCCCUUCUUCGCGGAGCCCAUCGUAGACUACCGCGCGCUGAGCAAUCCCACCGACCUCGCCGUGCAAAUCGAGUUCAUCCGCUUCACGCGGCGGUACUUUCUCGAGUCCGCGACGCUGGCGCGCUACGCGCCCGUGGAGACGGUUCCGGGGGCGAAUGUUACGAGUGACGAGGCGCUGGGCGAGGCUGUGAGGCGGAUGGUUAGCCCGACGACGUUUCACCCCGUCGGGACGGCGGCUAUGAUGCCGAGGGCGUUGGGAGGGGUUGUUGAUGAGGGGUUGGAGGUGUAUGGGGUCCGGGGGUUGAGUGUUGUCGAUGCGAGUGUGAUGCCUGAUUUGCCGGGGGCGUAUACGCAGCAGACUGUGUAUGCUGUUGCUGAGAAGGCUGCUGAUUUGAUUAAAGCCCGGGCGUGA